UACAACAGUACUAGUUCAAGUCGGUCUUGAAGCAAUUUACACAACUGAUGAUGAACACACAUGACACGUUUCGUGCAUCCAAAACAUACACCUACUCAUACAUGUAAUAAACAAGAACAUGUGUACAUAUACAAAUCACAGCGCUGCGAGACUGACGAUGACAAUGAUGAUCAACGCACAGUUUUACAACAAUAUACAACAACAAUGCCAUCAUCACAUUACUCUCUCUCUCGAGAGGAUAGGGAGAGAGAAAUAAGGAGAGAGACUUGAAAGUUAAAAGAGCAAAAAAUCGGGAACUGUGAGGAGAGAGUAGGGGGAUGGAGACAGGCGUCCUUUGGAGGGGUCCACGUGGAGGGUUACUAUUGGCUCAUAAACGCACAAACCCUCUUCUGUUGCCAUGUCAGUUUGUAACCCCAAAGUCCUAUCGCCCCGGCGAAUCCGUAUUACUACUAGUUACUCUCUCUUUCUCUCUCUACUCUCUCUCUCUCUCGCCCAAUACAAAACAAUCUCUCUCUUGUUUUGCCUGUCUCGCUUUUUUCCUUUCUCCAUAUCUGCCCUAAUUCUCUAAUCUCUUCACCCAUCUAGUUAUUUGUGGGUUCUUGUGUGUUUCUUGUGAUUUGAUCUACUUGCAAGAUUGGUAUGUUGAUGUCUCUCUCUGGGUCUCUCUAGGAACACAAGUGGAGGAUCGACAGAUGAAGUUUUUGCCAGAUAUAUUAUGGAAAGGAUUUGCAUGAAUGAAUGGCUUCGAAAGAUAUGAAGGAUAAUAACCCAGCUAGUAAAAUGAUUAACAGGAACUGGGUUUUAAAACGGAAACGUGGAAAGCAUCCAUAUAGUCCGGACACAUCCAAUGGCAUUAGAACCAAUGUCGUACCUUCCGAACCUGCAGAAAAUGCAUCAUCCGAACUUAACCUAAAGACCGAGAUAACUUCUCGUCAGUUUCCUAAAAAGAAAAAAGGAAAUGAUGGGUACUUCUAUGAAUGUGUGGUUUGUGACCUUGGUGGCAACUUGCUAUGUUGUGAUAGUUGUCCACGUACAUAUCAUCUUCAAUGCUUAGAUCCGCCUCUUAAGCGCAUUCCAAAUGGAAAGUGGCAGUGUCCAAAGUGCAGCGUGAAAAGUGAUUCACUUGAUUCCAGAAACAACUCGGAUUCUGUCUCAAAGCGAGCAAGAACAAAGUUGACCCUGAAAAAAUCUGAUGCUGACAAUGGAUCAGUUGACAUGGACAAAAUGUCCUUGAUAUUAGGAAGCUCUAAUCUUCGGAAGAAGCGAUCGUCGGGCAAAGGAAAAUCUUCGUCAUCUCAACCACUUCAGUCCAUCGGAGUGAAGCUGGUUCCCGUAGAUGUGAUUUCCAGCAAUAAGCCAACCCAUUUAUUCUCUGACGGUUCUGCAGAGGGUAGUUCAUCGAUUUUGAAGGUUGAUAAUGACAAUCUACCUGAAUUGUCUCCAACAGCUGCACUUAAACAGACGGAGUCAGUUUCUCUUGUGGAAGCAUCACAAGCCAGCAUUGUGGAUUUUGAGAAAAAUGAAGGCACUUCUGAGAAGAAGUCUGGCCAGUACAACAGUGUUGGAUCUCCUGCUAAAGAAGUUGCUCCUGUGCUUGAUGCUUCCACUCGAAAAGACAGAAAAAGAAAGUUCAAGUUUUAUGUCGGCAGCAAUCAGAAGAAGCCUAUUAUUGGUGAAAACAGUUGUGCCAUCAACAUAUUAGAAAAGCAAGAAGUGGAAGAGAAUUCAGCCAGUCGUCAAACUAAGAAACUCCACCUGAAGCGUGGGUUUAAAGAAAAAUCUUUUAGCUCUGGAGCUAGUAAAUCUCAAAAAAAGCAUGAGUCGAAAGAGAAUUCUGAUGGUCCUCGAACUACUAGAUCUCACCGGAAGCGUAAAGAUGUUUCACUUGUGGCUGCAGCAUCUCUCUUUAAAAAUGACGAUGCCACAAAGAUAGAAGUCCCAUUAAAAGACGAGACGGUUUCUGCGGAAAUGCGACAUAAUGAACGUAGAGCAGAAAAGCUUGUAGUUGACAUAUUGGCAUGCGAGGAUGUUUCUAUUGCCCAACAGGUUGAUAGGGUUCUGGGGUGUCGAGUAAGAGGUAGUGAAUUAAACCCUUCAAAUUGUGGCACAGAACCUGCAAAGAGGUCUGUUUCUUCAGACAAUUCAAGUAAAACCUCAGAGAAAAUUACAAGCUAUGAUCCUCCCCUAGAUGGCGGAGCCACUGAAAAUAGUUCAAAAGCUGCAGAGGAUAACUUAAACCAAGUUGAUGCAGCAAAAAUUGUGAAAAAGGGUUCCGAGUCAGACAAGUUUAGUGUAUACAAAAGAUCGAUGGUUAGAGAGCGCAGCGAAGGGGAUUGUGUGGACGCAAUGACAAGUGACAUAAAAGUUACUGAUUCUAAUGCAUUAAAUAGUGAGAAUGAAGGCAUUUGUGCUGUGAGUACUGAAGAUCUGGCAAUAACGGCUGGGAAGAAAUUGAUGGCAGGAAUUACCAAUUUUAUUAGUAACAAUGAUGAAAUUACAAAGAGGCUUGAAAUGUCCUUACCUGAGGAAAAUGCAGAUGCACAGGCGGAUAUGGAAAUCACGACUAAUACUGUCCCUGAAACAAUGAAGAAGGAUAACUUAUCAUCUGAAUUUACACCCUCCAAUGGAGCGAUGGUUACAUACGAGUUUUUGGUCAAGUGGGCUGGAAAAUCUCAUCUUCACAACAGUUGGAUUUCAGAAUCUCAUCUGAAAGUUCUUUCGAAGAGAAAACUAGAUAAUUACAAGGGAAAGUACGGAAGGUCACUGAUGGAUAUAAGUGAUGAACGCUGGAAGAGGCCUCAGCGGAUAAUUGCCUUUCAUUCCUCGACAGAGGGUGUGGACGAGGUGUUAGUAAAGUGGACAGCUCUUUCUUAUGAUGAAUGCACUUGGGAGAGAAUUGAUGAACCUGUUGUAGCAAAAUCAUCUAAUUUAAUUGAUUUAUUUAAGCAGUUUGAGCAUCGAACAGUGGAAAAUGAUGCUACAAACAAUGACAUGCGGAGGGGAAAACGUGGACUUAAGCAAGGUGAGGUAGUGCCACUCACUGAGCAGCCUGAAGAACUUCGUGGAGGUUCCUUAUUCCCACAUCAGCUAGAAGCAUUGAAUUGGCUGCGCAAGUGCUGGUGUAAAGGCAGGAAUGUUAUACUUGCUGAUGAGAUGGGUCUUGGAAAAACAGUAUCUGCUGGUGCUUUUCUGUCAUCUUUAUACUUUGAGUUCAAAGCUAGACUUCCUUGUUUGGUUUUGGUUCCUCUUUCAACAAUGCCAAAUUGGAUGGCGGAGUUCUCACUAUGGGCUCCUAACCUUAAUGUUGUUGAGUAUCAUGGUUCAGCCAAGGCAAGGGCUAUGAUACGUGAAUAUGAGUGGCAUGCUAGUAAUCCUAGGGGGUCAAGUAAAAAAACAGCUUCUUAUAAAUUCAAUGUGCUUUUAACUACAUAUGAGAUGGUUCUUUGUGAUUCCUCACAUUUACGUGCAGUCCCUUGGGAAGUUCUUGUAGUUGAUGAAGGGCACCGGCUUAAGAACUCUAGUAGUAAGCUUUUCAGCAUGCUCAACACUUUCAAAUUCCAACAUCGUGUACUUUUGACUGGUACUCCCCUUCAGAAUAACAUAGGCGAGAUGUACAACUUGCUACAUUUCUUACAGCCAGACAUGUUUCCUUCGCUGUCCUCAUUUGAAGAGAAAUUUCAUGAUCUUGCUACUGCCGAAAAGGUGGAGGAGUUGAAAAAACUUGUUGCACCGCAUAUGCUUCGACGACUUAAAAAAGAUGUGAUGCAGAAUAUUCCUCCCAAGACUGAGAGAAUGAUUCCAGUUGAAUUAACAAGCGUUCAAGCUGAAUAUUACAGGGCAAUGCUGACUAAGAACUAUCAGCUAUUGCGCAACAUAGGAAAAGGGGUUGCACAGCAGUCCAUGUUAAAUAUUGUGAUGCAGUUAAGAAAGGUGUGCAACCAUCCAUAUCUCAUUCAGGGCACUGAGCCUGUAUCAGGAACAGUAGAAUUUCUUCAUGAGAUGAGGAUAAAAGCUUCAGCAAAGUUGACUGUGUUGCAUUCUAUGCUUAAGGUGUUACACAAAGAAGGCCAUAGAGUCCUUAUAUUUUCUCAAAUGACAAAGCUUCUCGAUAUCCUUGAGGAUUAUCUAAACAUUGAAUUUGGUCCAGGAACAUUUGAGAGAGUAGAUGGUUCUGUUUCUGUGUCUGAUCGUCAAACUGCAAUUAAUCGAUUUAACCAGGAUAAAAGUCGUUUUGUCUUCUUAUUGUCAACACGCUCUUGUGGCCUUGGAAUUAAUUUGGCAACUGCUGACACUGUCAUCAUAUAUGAUUCAGACUUCAACCCCCAUGCAGAUAUCCAAGCAAUGAAUAGAGCACAUCGUAUUGGACAAUCAAAUAGGCUGUUGGUGUAUAGGCUUGUUGUUCGUGCUAGUGUUGAGGAACGCAUCUUGCAGCUUGCAAAGAGGAAAUUGAUGCUUGAUCAGCUAUUUGUGAAUAAAUCUGGAUCUCAGAAGGAAGUAGAAGAUAUUUUACGCUGGGGGACUGAAGAACUUUUUAAUGAUUCUUUUAGCAUGUCCAGUAAAGAUGCUGGUGAAAACAAUGGCAAUAAAGAUGAAGCUGGUUUGGAUAUAGAGCCUACCCGUAGGAGGAGAACUGGUGGCCUUGGGGAUGUAUACCAGGAUAAGUGCACAGAGGGCAGUAGUAAGAUUGUCUGGGAUGAAAAUGCUAUUCUGAAAUUACUAGACCGAUCAAACAUUCAAGAUAAUUCUUUUGAUAAUACUGAAGGGGAUGCAGAGAACGAUAUGCUUGGCUCUGUGAAGUCACUAGAAUGGAAUGAUGAACCAGCAGAGGAUCAAGAGAUAACUGUAUCACAUCCAGUGGUGAAUGAAGAUACUUGUACGCAACAUUCUGGAAAGAAAGAAGAUGAGGUGGUAGCUGUUGUUGAAGAAAAUGAAUGGGAUAGGUUGCUGCGUGAUAGAUGGGAGAAAUAUCAAAACGAAGAGGAAGCAACUCUCGGUAGAGGUAAACGCCUAAGAAAAGCUGUUUCUUACAGAGAAGCAUACCCUCCUCAUCCAGCAGAGGCACCAAAUGAGGGUGCUAGUGUUGAGGAGGUGGAGCCACAGCGUGAAUAUACUUCAGCUGGCCGAGCCCUGAAAACAAAGUUUGCUAAGCUUCGUGCUAGACAAAAAGAACGUUUGGCUCAGAGACAUGCUAUUAAUGCAUCUGAUGUAGUUAUGGAAUCGGCUGGGUUCAAAACAAGCUUGGUCCAUUCAUCCAGUGAUCCAGAAAGAGAUCAAAUGAUCAACUUAGAUCAGCACAGGAGCGACGAUAUGUUAAUUAUCGAUUUGGAAGGCAACACACGGAAAAAUUUAGAGGCUCUAAAGUCAAAGCCUGACUUUAAACAGAGGCUGAGCAAAUUAUCAAAAUAUAAAAUGAAAAGUCAUGUCGAUUUUCCUGUUAAAGCUGGUGAGCAGUCUCCUGAUAUUGGUCCCCUAGGUCAUCAUUUACAGGGAACAAGCUAUACAAAUUCAUUGUCAAACAAUAUUUUGUUACCUGUAUUGGGACUUUGUGCUCCUAAUGCAAAUCAGAUGGAGUUGUCAGAGAGGAACACUGCUAGAUCUCACAGCAAGCAGAGCAGGCAAGGGAGCAAGACAGGCUUCCCUUUUGAUUUGGCUCCUUCACGUGAAACCCCGAAUGAGACGGAUGGUAAAAUGCAUGAGCAUGCUCCAGGAAAACGUAAAUUUUCCUCGACAUCUAUAGAAGCUGUGCAACGUGGGCCGAAAAUGAGCAGACCUGAUACUUAUAUGCAGCAUCUUCCUCCUUUUUCACAGGGAAAUGGUUCUAAUUCUCUAGAAACACAUAAAAGUGUUUCUGAAAACCAAGAAAAGCUAGCACUGCCAAAGAUACCAUUUGAUCAGAAACUGCUUCCUAGAUACCCAUUUCCAGCUACAGAUGCACGCCAUUCCCAUCCUGACGUGUUCCCCAACUUAACAUUGGGUUCUAGAGCUGCAAAUAUAAGUGACUCUCUUCAAGACUUUCGUGCAAUGCCUUUCUUGCCGAAUAUGAAGGUUUCACGUGAAGAUUCAUUGAGAUAUGAGCGACAAGGAAUUGAAGUGAAUCCAAUGCUGGGAUUAGGUCAGAUGCCACCGACCUAUUCAUCGUUCCCUGAAAAUCACAGAAAGGUUCUUGAGAGUAUAAUGAUAAGAACUGGAACAGGACCAAGCAACUAUCUUAAAAGUAAAUCAAUAAAAGAUAUCUGGUCUGAAGAUGAACUUGAUUUCUUGUGGGUUGGAGUUCGCAGGCAUGGCCGGGGCAAUUGGGAUGCUAUGCUUCGUGACCCAAAGUUAAAAUUUUCCAAGUUUAAAACUGCAGAAGAUUUGUUUUGUAGAUGGGAGGAGGAACAACAUAAGAUUCUGGACAUUCCGGUUCUUCCUGUGCAGAAAUCAUUCAAGUCCACUAAGUCGGCAAAAUCUCCAUUAUUUCCUGAAAUUUCUGCUGCAAUGAUGUCAAGAGCGCUCCAUGGAAGUAGAUUUGCUGGUCCAUCGAAAUUUCAAUCGCACCUGACAGACAUGAAAUUAGGUUUUAGCAAUCAACAAUCUGGCUUGCCUCAAUUUGAGCAUCCUGAACAGCAUGGUUUGCCCGAUGACCAUUUAGUACUUCAUCCAACUUGGAAUGCUGAUAACCUGCAGAGAAGUUUUCCUGGGGUGUCAUCUGUUAGAUCAUGUGAUAGACCAGGAACUUCUACUUUACACAAUGAGCAGCAGCCAUGUCUUCUGGAUAUGUUGGGAACAAGUAAUUUGGUUUCUGCAGGUAUGAAAUCUUCAGGCAACUUUGAUUUACAGAAGCAGGGUAAUGAAUUGCUUGAUAGUAGGUGUUGGAAACUGCCAAGUUUUCUUGACAAGUCUCUUAACAUUUUGCGUGAAUCUAAUAACAUGGGAAGUGGAAAAUCAAAGAUUCCAAUUGUGUUAGCAGACUCUCAUAGAGGACAGACUGUGUUCCACUCGAAGCUUAAAGAUGUUGCUGGAAGUUCUUCGAAAAAGGAGCUGCCUCAUUGGCUUCGGGAAGCUGUAGGAGGUCCUGCAAAACCAGAACCUGGCCUGCCACCAAGUGUCUCCGCGAUUGCCGAAUCGGUUCGUAUAUUGUAUGGGGAUAGUGACCCAAUCAUUCCUCCAUUUUUGGGUCCGGGUUUGCCUCCUGUCCAACCAAAAGAUCCACGGAGGAGAUUGAAAAGAAAGAGAAGACAAAGGGAAAAGGCUCAAACAUUUAAGCAGUUCUCGGAGGAUAUUGCUGGAACUAGUCACAAUGUCCCUGCUGAGAAUGAUGGUUCAGCAUCACUUCUACCGACGAAAUCACCCUUUCCUUUUAUCCCACAGUUGUCUGAUGCAACUUCAGGGCUCCCUUCUGUGGACCCUAACCUCAAUAUCCCUCCUAUCAGUGAAAAUGUGCCAAAUACGUCAUCUGUGUCGGCAUGUUCAGAUUCUCAAAAGAAAACCGAAAUGACCCCCUCUCCUGAAGUGUUUCAAUUGAUAGCAUCAAGUGUAGCUCCAGGUUUACAAGAAACAAACACAAAAUCCCCUGAAACCUCUGUUCCGCCUACAGAUGCCGUUGAGCAAGUAAUGAUACCAGUAGUGGAGGAGAUUUGUGAGGAAAAGGAAGACAAGGAUAUUUCAUUGGCAGGAACAUCAAGUGCACGCAUGGAAGCCAAAGCAGAGCAGACUGAGAGCAGGGGUCCCAACGAGACUUGUUCUGAUCCUAUUCAGACCAAAGCAGAGGAAACAUCAUCAGAAGGCACCGUCUCAGAUCAUCGUAGCGGCGAGCAAGAAUCAUAGACCACAUAUGCUUUGUCGAGUCUGUUGUGUGAGCUAGCAUGAAUGAUAGACUUGCAUGGGUGAAGCUACGCAUUUGCUUUGCCCUCAAUUUUCUUACUUAUUUACAGACCCCCCAAAUCAAUUUGUGCUAAAGUUUUGUAGAAACGAUCCAGUUUACCUAGCAAAAAUGGGGCUUUAGGAUAAUUGGUGUAAAGUUGCGAAAGAAAUUAUACUAAACUUUUACUUUGGUAGCUAUGUUCUUGGUUGGAUGUGGACUAUAUAUUCUAGUGUUUUGGACCAUUUUUGGGUGGUUUAA